AUGCCACACAUCGACGACCAUCUGGUCCAAGACUGGGAGUCAGGCCGUACAGCAGUCACUUCACGUAAAUGGAGUGAGUAUGACCAAUGGCGAAACCUGGCCGAGUGGACAGUUGAACUGCCAUGCGACGAUUUGCCACCACGAGCUCUCGACUGGUGGACAAAAGACAUCUAUGUGUCAUGGGGCACUGACGUGUACCUCAACAACUGUGUACGUGCUUAUAGCACCCUUGCCCGAGUGUUGUCCCUCAUACCAGACACCAUGAAUACGCCGGCUGAUCUAGUGACUAUCGACAUCCCUGAGGCAUCUAAUCGAUCAAUAUUCCUCUGGGUAGAGCGGGGCGAACUACCUGAUACCGUUUCGACAGGCAACGUCUGGUCGGGGCUCAUCUCAGGGGCCAUCGCUGGGACCCAAUCUUACCUCCAAGAGAAGGCGCUUGGGCUCAAAAAGCCCGAUAUCGUCACCCACCUCGAACGAUCUGGCCGCAAGGUAGACCGGGUGUACGAGGAGAUCGAGCAAGCCAAGAGGGAGAAGGAGGGACAAGCUGCCAGCGAGGCAGAAGCUGUGGAUCCAGCGUUGUGGGCUACAACCGGAGGCGCUCCCGCUGUGACCAUUAAUGGCCAGAAAAUAAGAUCCAAGUGGGCGUGGGCGCUGGCGGAAUUGGCUGAAGGGAGAGAUUCGUACGACCUGAGCAGGCGUGAUCUGGUACGUGAGGAACUCGACGAUCUCGACCACACUCACGUUGAACUGUUCGGGAGUAGGCGAAGAUGGCAGGGAGGGGUUCUCUCUGGUUGGCGUCUUACUUCGCUAUUCGGAACACUGGCUUCACACCUACUAUGCGAGUACAUCACCCGUGAUCGUCCAUACGUUAAAUGGAUAGUGUUGGGUGAUGACAUCAUGUUGUACUCGCACGUUCACAAUGCCAUGCCGGAUUUGUACGAACGUAUUGACGAGUUCGGACUGAAUUAUAGCAAAGAAGAGACUUUGGUUGGGCCUCAAGGUACUUGCUUGCGCCGACACUAUGGCUGCGGGCCUUUGCGCUUUAUGGCGGGACCUGCACUGCGCCAGCUCUUCUAUGCUAACCCUUGGAUAGAUCGGGGUCAGUUUACAGGACCGCGAGAGAUCGCUAACUCUUGGCUGCAGUACAUCAGCAGAAUGGCAGUCCCGAUACCCCGGCAGUGGCUGCUUAGGCAAGCCGCAGCGGACAUGGCCAGAUGGGCACAACAUCCUGAUUGGGACUCAAGAGUUUGGAAAAAAUUGUUGCAAACUGACUCCGGUCUUGGCGGGUUGGGAACCAUCGAUACCGCACGUGGGCAUAACAUCUACGCUCUGACUUUUGCCGGACAAGAAGAGUGCAACGCACUAUCAGAUCCUGAGGAUUUCACGACCUUCCGGCGAUACCGGCGAGCAUAUCAUGCCGCCUUGGGUAUCUCAAUGCCGAGUGACGAUCACUCAGACGUCGAGGACUCACCAACCAGUCGCCAGUACGCAUUUGGCGACGUAUACGAUGUGGCCUUGCGCACCGUCGAUUCCAGCGAGGUGUCUGGUGCUAUGGUCAAUCUGGUAACAGCAGCCGGGAGAAUCGACAACGCAGCGAUCUUCAACCUGAUCAAGAUGCGGAGCGCGGUGACGGGCGUGUCCUUCGAGGAGGCGGCUCCAGCCGGGCUCUGUUUGAUGCGAAUGUCGUGGCCCGGUGGGGUCGAUCUGCUGACAGAUCCUCGACUACUGCAACAAUUCCCGGACAUGAAAGUGUUGAGCUGGAAACGUUUCCUACCGGACAAGAAGCCCUCGAAGUACUCCAGACCGAAGAUCGAGAUGGCACUGACCACACUCGACGAGUUCAUCGCGAUCAAAACGCAAGACAGGCCCGUCACUGGGUGGUCCGGCGUUUCGAAUGCGACGUUCAAUGCCCUUGUGAGUGUCAUACCGAUCGCUGCAAACGAAUUGACGGACAGUGCUUUUUGGCUGUACGUUAUGAGCUUUCUGGACACGAGGGUAUGGCAAGGGCUCUCAAAAUACAUCACCAUUGGGAGACUGAACAUGGGGCUGAUCGACCAGAAGACCGCAAAGGAAAAGGCGUACACCGCCGAUUAUCCGUUUGAUGCUGUCAUCGGCCCGUACUCGGACUUCUUCCAUAUUCCUGGACCACGCAAAGUACUGCUUGUCGUUAUCGACGCGACAUCAAAGUCAUCAGCAGACAGACUGUACAUCGGCCCACCAGGAAAUUCAGCGUACACUGGAGUGCAUAAGCAGGGUGGCGCCAUCAUCCCCAUCGACAUUGCCCCAAAUUUGCUGACCGCGCUAACUGGGUCCAAUUGGAACGACUGGCCGUCCGCCGAUUCUCUUUCAGAUCCUGGCGAGGACGUCUGGUAUCAAGCCCAGAAGAUGCUUGAACAUUACGUCGCGGUCGAAGACGUCAUCGACAUCGCCGUCGGGGUAGUAACAGCUACAGCACACCGGGUGUUAGCCCAAUCCAUUGACGAAACAAAAGAGACGGGUGAUCGAACACACCAAGGAUCCUGGCUGCUCAACGUCAAGCGAUUCUCUGGGCCAAACGAAGACUACAAUCUGACGUGGUACGGGUACCAAAAUGCAGACACAUGCAAAUCGAGGCUAUGUAAUCAAGAAACUCGAUAUUGGACCCCAAUGGGUAUCACUGGAUACCACUAUAUGACGACAUGGACUGAUUCUGAAAUGUGGAUGACCGACGAACAGGCAUGUAGCGCCCCGCCUGCCGCGAGGCUGUCGGAGGCCAGUGACAUCGCCAGACUCUGGCGUGCACUUGGCAUCUAUGAAGGACCGAAUCAUGCUCUUGAGCUGAGAACACGCCGUGCAUUCGAGAUGUUCUUCUCUGCCAACGCAACCAUGCUUGCGUCGAUGGUGUCGGUCGGACAGAUGGCACUGGGAGUACCGAUGUCCACCUGGUCAAACUAUUCAUCCAUCGACAAACGCUGGUAUGCAUGGUUCCGCGCAUUCAUUGAGAUAUCCAUAGUCAACGCCAUCGGCUAG